AUGAGAAUUUUCUAUCAAACAGUUUUCAUUCCAAGGUCUCACGCAUAUGCAAUGAUUAUGUUGGUGUGGGCAGUCGCGCUAGCAGCUAAUGUCCUUAUGUUAUUCAUGUACGAGGAGCAGACUUAUAAUGGCAAUGGCUUGACAUGCACACCGAUCUACAAACCCAUCUACCAUUUUGCCAAUCAGGUGUACAUGACCAUUGUACUGCUUGCUAUUCCAUUAAUAAUCAUGACAGUUCUUUAUGGAUCUGUGAUUCGCACACUGAAAGUUGGUAUACGUCAAGAAGUCGCAGUCGAUUCAAUGGAUCAAGAGAGCAAACGUUCCGACAGUGUUGAUGAGAAUAACGAUGUGCAGAAGCAAAAAAUGUCAAUCUUCCAAAAAUUGUCAAGAAAACUGAGAACUGGAAAGAAGACUGAUGAUGUUAAGACGAGAGAGAAUACAGCACGAAAACGAAGCGAUAUCUUGCCACCGGAGGGUAGCCUCCGCUCUACGCACAUACAGAAAAGUGCUGUAGCUAAACAGCGGGUGAUCAGAAUGCUAAUCGUUGUGGUGAUCAUCUUCUUUUGUUGUUGGACUCCGUCAUAUAUUUGGUGGUUGUUGCUAAUGGCUGGUGACUCUUUUGAGAGUCUGCAACUAAGCGUAUGGAAUUCGGAUCUGAACACGUUCAUCACCCUUCUGACCUACAUCUCAUCAUAGUCUGCAACUAAGCGUAUGGAAUUCGGAUCUGAACACUUUCAUCACUCUUCUGACCUACAUCUCAUCAUGUACUAA